AUGUCACUGACAGUCGAUUUCGGAAAUUGCGCGUGGGAGAAAAUCGAAGUUUUCGUGGAGAAAGAGCGGCAUGCAAAAGCAAAGUUCAGUGGUGUAUUACAUGAAAGACGUGUAACAUCACCAAGCUUCGUCGGCAGCGAUGCUGCGUUGCUGGUGGCCAUUACCGCUGCCCAACUGUGGAUGAAGUACUUCCGAGCAGCUGGCUUAUUGUACCGGAAACCUCCGGAACGCUUUCGAGGAGGAACUGUCAACGCGAAAUUAAAAGGAUCUCAUUCGUUGCUCCAUGCUCUCAGAUAUCAAGAAUAUCAAGAAAAGUCAACAGCGGGGCGACAAGUAUUGUACCCCGCAUUCGUGAAUCACUCAUGA